AGAAAAGUUUAUUAAUUGGAUUCAAUUAUAAAUAAACCACCUGGCAACGCGGAUUAUCCAAAAUGGCGGCCUCCUUAACGUCAAAUGUGAAAUUAUGUACAGAAGAAACCCCUGCAUUUAAAGAUAAAUUUAAUCAGCUCUGCAAGUUAUGCUUAAAAGAAACAGCAAAAUAUGUCUGCCCCCGAUGCAAUGUGAGAUACUGUUCUUUGGAUUGUUACAAAAGUUCGUUGCAUGCUGAUUGCUCAGAAUCUUUUUACAAGGAAAGUGUGAUGGAUGAGAUGAAGAAAACAAAGAAAAGCCCUGAAGAGAGACAGCAAGUGAUGGAUAUGCUGAGGCGUUUAGAGGAAGAAGACCAACAAUAUCAACUAGAUAGCAAUGAAGACAGUCUUGAGCACAAAUUAGCAUUAUUUUUUCAAAAUUUUACAGAGAAAGAUUCUGAUCGUGUUUGGGAACAACUGACACAAGAAGAAAAAGAAGGAUUUGAAAGGUUAUUGAAAAAUGACAAACUUGGGGGUAUCAUGGAAAUGUGGGUACCUUGGUGGGUGCAUCAUAGCAAAUCACUUGUAGAAGAGGUCAGUGAAAGGUCAGAGAAAAGUCAUCAAGUUACCAUGACUACUGACAUGCCAGAAAUUUUGCCAAAUAUCGCACCUUUUAAUCAGUUACUGAAGACCGGCAGUCCAUCUCCAGUAAUUUGUUUCAACUGUGUACAUAUUCUUUAUUGUUAUGUUUAUACAGUCAGAUUCUACAAUGGACAACACCAUGACCUUCCACUACAGUCUGCCCAGAGUUUUCUUCAAAUGUGCGGUGUUUUCAGUGAAAACAGAUCUUACGACACAGUCAGCGAUGCUAUACAUAGUGCCAUGGCAACAGUCACCAAGGCCCCAGCUGAGCUGAGCAGCAACAUGCCUCCAUCAAGCAUAGUAGAGGAUGUUCUUCAUCUGUUGACUGGGCCAGCCAAACCCCAUGAUACAACCUACAUUCAGGCUGCCUUCUCAGAUCUACACACACUAUUCUACCAAGCAAGAAAAUGCUCCAAGAAAGCCAUGAAAUCAUCUAAUAAAUCGUCUCAAAAAAUUCAGGGAUAUGUGAAAAUGUAUUUUCAAUGUCAGAAAAAACUUGAAUUUUAUUUGUCUUGGUUAAUGCAGUAUGGAGACAAGUUGUCUGGAGUGAGGAGUCUAGUCCAUGUAGAGCAUUGUGAUAUACAGAGUGAAGAGGAAAAGCAGGAGGGAUUGAAGAACAAAGUAAAAGACAACCUCAAGAAAUUAAGGCAGCCAGCAACUAAACACAAACUAAUAGAAGAAUUAUGAUACAUUAUGUAUAAAAAAAAUUUUGGUAAACAAAAUGGAAGUAAUAACAUACAAACUUGGCCUCAUCAACAUGUUGCUGUUGCCACUAAGUGGUUGAUCUGGAAGGGACUGAAUUGUCAUUUAAUAUUUUAUGAGAAAAAUCUACUUUUUCUCUGAAUGGAGAUUUUAGUCAUUCAAUGUUUUAUGAAAUAUAUCUACCCUUUUUUUUCUAAAUAAAACAGUCCAGUCUCUAACCAAAUAAAAGGAUUGUAUUUGGUUGAUCUCCAUAUCUUAUCCUAGGCACCGUGCAAUGAAAAAAGAAAGGGUGGAAAGAUAAUACACCGUGGAACUAAUUUCCAUUAUGACAAAAUGGGGGGUAACCAAUGUUACACGAUACAAAAUCCACCAAUCAAAUGACAGUGAUAUAUUUAGGUGUGCUAUAAUACUCCCUGAGCCUUGUGUUCCGUCAGUGAAUGACAUGGGUAUUGCAGUUGGAUGUGGAAUAAUUUACUUUAGUUUCCAAAAUGGCAGCCAUACCCAACCAACAAGCUUUCAAAGUCGUUGAUCUACUAUUGGUUUCCUGAUCUGGGCAUCUACUGCACUUCAAGUGAGUUGUUUUAGUUAUACUAGCUAUCACAUUUUAUAAAUUGACAUCUGAAAAAUUUGGAUAUUACUUAUUGGGUAGAAUGUAAAACUGUUAAAUUGUGAAUGAUCAUAUAUAUUUAUUUCAUGUCUAACAUGCCUGAAAUACAUUUAAAAAUAAUGAAUUGCCAAAUAUGCAUAUUCAGUAAGUGAUUAACUUUCCACGAGGCUACAAGUUACCAGCAUCUUUUAAACGAGCAAUUAAUUUAUAUUUUUGAGGUAUUUUUCUUGACAGUAUAGAGUAGUUGAAUUCUGGCAAAAAAUAUUUAUGUACAAACAAAAACAACUAUAUAUUCAGAAGAUAUUUAUUUAAAUCUGCAAUCUGAUGCGGUAUGUACAUAGGAAACAAUGUCUCUAGUCUUCAUUACAACACAAAUUUUGUUUUUCUGAAUCUUUCUACACUCAGUAAAUGCAAAUCAUUCACACAACAGGUAGACCUAGAU